AUGGCGACUUCCUCUUUUACUUCUUCACCAUCGCCCUUUCCAGAGACACCUGUUGCUCUAGCUAGACCUUCGACUGCCGCCGUCCGCUCCACCAACUACGACAACUACAACCAAGCAUUCUCAGAGGAUACUUCUUAUAGCAACACGACUUAUUCGCCCGCUACCAGCAGUCCUCUGUCCAACUCUCUAUCCUACUCAUCGCGCACCGUCUCGGCCGCCUUUGGCAAGCAAGUCCUGUCUGCCAUUACCGAGAACGUCAAGUCUCCCGUCGGCUCUCUGUCCCGCAAGGCUUCCCUCCACGCUCGUGCAAGGUCCCUGGUCAGCUUUGUACCUGCUCUCAACCCCAUUGACACCGAGGAGCAACACGCUUCAUCAAGGUCGCCGCCUCGCAAGGGUCCAUCCUUUACCGACAUCUUUACACCUCGUCGUUCCUCGCUAGCUCCCUCGGAGCCCGAAGAAGAGUCCGAGUACAUCAUGUCUUACAAGUCAUCCUUCACCGGCGGUUCUGGUCGUAUUCCCGAGCCUCAAGCUCCUGCACCCAAGCCUACCGGCCUUCGGAGCUUCUCCUGGUUCGGCUCUACAAAGACUGCUCCUCUUCCGACCCAAGCCGAGAGCACCGCAGGCAUGGAUAUCCUGACCCCGGCAACCUCAUUACUCUUCCCCGUCGGCCUACCUUCAGACAAGACCCCAGCCACCUUCGACGAACUCCUUCACAACGCUGAAUUCCUCAUCAACCGCCUUCAAACCGCCUACAAGGAACAAUCAUCAGCUCUUCAAGCCGCUCGCGCUGAGCGCGAUGCUCAAACAGAAGAGACCGAAGAAGCCUCCACACGCGCCCAACACUUGAAGCUUCAACUCGAGAAUCUUGCCGCUGUAUCUGCCGAACAAGCAGCCACGAACCGCGCAUUGGCAGAGGAAUUGGCAGCAGAAAAGCAACGCCGCCACGAAGACCGCGAACACUACGAACGCAUCGCCCGCCAAAACGACCUCACACCCCGCCGCAACCGCCACAGCGACGGCAGCUCUCUACACAGCGACAGCGGCUUUGAGAGUGAAGCAGACACUGCAGAAUCUUGCUCGCGCCCUCUGACGCCCACCUCGCCGAAUCCUAACAAUUACACAUUAAGCGACAAUCGAUGGAGUCAUGCCAUGGAGCCCAUCAAAGAGGUUGUACGUCCUGUUUCUAGAGAUUCGACCACGGCUAGGAUCCCUGGUCGCACUUGCGAAAUUGACGCCGGGGUGUAUAUGUUUAUGAGGGAUGAGAAGGCACGUCUGGAGCGUAGGGUACAGGAACUUGAGGGCGUGCUUGAUGGAUGUUUGGAUUUGAUUGCGUAG